AUGCUAUGUGCUAGAGAGGUGAGGCAGUGGGAGAUCAGGCCCAGGUCUGCUCUGCGGGGGAUCAGGCGCACCAGGGCCCUUAUGUGGCGGCGGAUACGAAGGCUGGUCCGGGCCUGCCGGCACGGUGUGGGAUACCCAGUCAACUAUAAUGACCCGGUCCCAGAGGAACAGGAGAUGGUGUGCCUUGAGCCCAUGGGAUCAGAGCGGAUGGAGAUGCGAAAGAGGCAGAUGUCGGUGCAGCAGGAGUCGGCAGCGGGGGGAACUGCACCGGCCCAGCAGGGCCAGCCGGGCCAGGCCAACCCACGGGGCUCAAAUGCAUGUUGCUUCUGCUGGUGCUGCUGCUGUAGCUGUUCCUGGAAUGAAGACCGGGAUGAAAGGAACCGAAAGCCUUCUUAUGACGUCAAGGAAGGGACCGCGGAAGACUGCCCCAAGCCCACGCUGGAGGAGGUGCGCUCGUGGGGGCAGUCGUUUGACAAGCUAAUGUGUUGCCCAGCGGGGAGGAACUCCUUCAGACAGUUUCUUCGCACCGAGUUCAGCGAGGAGAACAUGCUCUUCUGGUUAGCCUGCGAGGACUUCAGCAAAGACACCAAUAAGACUACAGUAGAGGAGAGGGCUCGGGUCAUCUAUGAGGACUACAUCUCCAUUCUCUCACCUAAAGAGGUGAGCCUUGACUCCCGUGUGCGUGAGUCGAUCAACAGGAACAUGCAGGAGCCCAACUUGCACACUUUCGACGAUGCCCAGCUGCAGAUCUACACACUAAUGCAAAGAGACUCGUAUCCCCGCUACAUGAACUCCGCAGACUACAAAAACCUGCUCAACACUCUGUCAGAGCAGUCCCCCGAAUCUUAGGGUGGUGAUGACCUGUGAUAUUUUAACUCUCUUUAUCCCCCCCCCCUUCCCCCCUCCUCCCUCCAAAUCCGUAUUCCCUUUUUUAAAUUUUCUUUAUAUGUUCAGUGUAGGAUUACAUGAACUGGGCCUCGGGCCUGGCCCCUCCCAGGGAUCUCAGCGCUAUUGUGAUCUGCACCUGACCGAAGACACUCAGGUCUCAAAAUCUCCCGAGGGCUCGACAUCACAAGUACUGCUACAGAUCAACAUAGCAAAACACUCCAAAGGAAUAUGAAUACAUUUUGUUUCUGUUUUCUUUCUUUUGAUAGAAAUAAUCUAUUUUAUUUGUGUUCAGAGUUUUUUAUGGUCCGUUGUUUUUUUGUAUGAUUGUUUGGGGGGAAAAUGAUUCCUACUGUAGACUAUAUAUAUUUAUGAGUUUGUAAAUAGUAAAAAUGGAAUUGUGGGUAUUUUAUGUAGAAACGCCUGGUUCUAUUUACUGCGUAUGAAAAUCAAAGCUCAAGUCAAAGGCUACGUGUUAGCUCUACUUGCAGGCAGCUUUGUGGGGUACUGUAUGAUUUACCUUGGUUUAACCCUGUUUUGUUACCUAAACCUCACACUUUGGUACUUGUGACAGCGACUUGGCAACUCCAGUUAGUGUAGAAACUGUGCAUGAUCGAAACGGAGAGUGACGAUAGCUAAUGUCACGGUGUGCAAUUUGUUUCCUCAAGAAACUCAAAUCAAUGGCCGACGGGAAUUUUAACUUUCUUUACUAAAUCUUUACCAGAGAAGAUUGCCUAUGAAAGACUGAGGUUUUUUUUUUUUACUAAUAUGUAACUAAAUGCACAGCUCAUAGGUUUAAUAUAGUUUUACCAGUGUGACAUAAGAACCCAAGUAAUUCUAUUUAUCAGAUAAAAUAUUUAUUUUUUAUUUUAUUUAUUGAUAUCUAUUGCCAAUAUAGAAAAAAAGUAUAUUUAAAUCCUAGUGGAGUCAACUUUACCUUUAGGUCAUUGUCAGAAAAUGUAGAAAUGUGGGUUUAUUUUAUGGGUCCGUAAUUUCUUAAUUAUUUGCGGGGAAAGUAAUUUGGUACUAAUUUGGGGGAAAAACAAUAGUUUUCUUGAAAAAAUUACCCAAUUUAAACCCAAGUUAAUAUAUAUUUAUUGUAUGUGCGUGAUUGGAAACUCAGACAAUAAUACAUUUUGGGAAUUUUGCUUGUUUUCUAGUGAGAAUUUGAUGGAAGGAUUCAUACCUCUCUCGUAUCUGUUGCUAAUUGUGAAGCUACAGCCAGUGGCUGGCUACCUUAUCUUACCACAAAAACUGGAAACAGGCUGAUUUUGUUAUUUUGGACAGAGCCAGGCUAGCUGUUUUCCCCUACCAGCACCACGAAAGCUCAAUAAUUAACAAUAAUGAUAUCUUGUGUGUUUUAUUCUAUCGAGCUGUUUCCCCCGUUUCUAGUCUUUAUGCUAAGCUAAGCUAAGCUAAGCUAAACAGCUGCUGGAUGUAGCCUGAUAUUUAUUGCACCGAUAUGAAAGUGGUAUUGCUUUUCUUAUCUAAGAAAAGUGAAUAAGUGUAUUUCCCCCAAAUAACUGCUUUAAUUCCACAUUUUUGUCAUCUUGUAUGUUUGUCCGGAGAUUAAUUUAACUUUUUUUUUUAAAUGUUUAACUGACAAUUGUUUGGAAUAAAUUAAUGGAAAGUGUAUUAACUUUCUCUAUCUUACCAGUAAUAAGUACUUAAACACAUCGUUAUUUUUAAAGAUAUUCUCAGAAUUUACAAGGAAAUUACUCAUAAAUUGAACCAUGGGUAAAAUAAAGUGUCACCGAAAUUUGUGAGAUUGGCAUUUUUUGACAGCAGGUGGAGUCCUCCGGAUAUCCUUCAAGAUUUUGACCUAAAGGGCCAGUGUGUAGGAUUAAACGUUGACACAUAUCCAAUGGGAAACAAUUUUAAACACAGCGCCUAUUCCAGUACAUAUUUAAAAUUUAAAGAAGUUUUCAAAGCAAAUUGUGCCUGCUGGCUCUCAAAAAACAGGUCAGAAUGUCAGUUAGUCAGCAACGUAUUUAAAAAGAGGCGUUGAGUUCAAGCAUUAGAAAAAAAAGACAGAAAAGAAAUCUAAAGAAAAGAAAAUGUGAACUUGUUGAAUUAUUGACUCUGUUACUGUGAACUUAGGUUAAAAUUAAAAACUGUGAAUGAUGAGUGUAAAUUCAUUCAUUUAAAUUUCUGUGAACUGAACUCUGAGGCUGGAUCUGUUGGUAGAAAAUGAAAUAUAAUAUGUAAACAUGUCUUCAUUAGUUUAACCUCACUUGAAAGUUAGA